UUUACUGGAUCAAGAAGAAGAAACAAUUUUGAAUCAUCAAAAGUGCUUUUUCACAUCUGCAACAUAAAAUCUAUUCAGAAAUAAAAUGUAGCUAUGUUGUUUAUGCUCAUUACUUGUGAAGGAAAUAGCUGUUCUUCUAUGACCAGUCUUUCCUACUACUUCCUCGCAAAGUAGUAUCAUUAUAAAGACAUCUUCAUCAUAGAUUCGCGUUUUGAGUUGCAGAGUUCCGACCGACAAAUGGACAAAACAGUCGCGCCCGCUGCCGGUACAUCAAUCGUCACAAUAACUUAAUUCUAACUCAUAUUGUAUAGUUUAUCCUGGCUGCAAAUAAUUAUUACAUAAUAUAUUUAAUUGUGCUUGUCGUCUGUUAAGCAGUAAAAUUUCAUAAGACGGUUGUCUUGGUAACGAAAUUUUGAGUCGGUGAAAAACAUGGAACGAUAUUUAUUUAGUAUUCACUAAUCACCAAGUGUAUUUUAUUCUAAAUCGUGUGGGGUUUCUUUGUAAAUUUCUUUAAAGUAUUUUUCUGCUACUUAAAAAUUUAAUAAGUUAACAUGUCGGACAAAACUAAAGGUGUCAAGCAAGUAAGAAAUAAAAAACUUCUUCCUGAUUUACGUAAAGAAGGUGAAUUAUCGAAAGACAUUGUUUUAUCAACGAAAGAAAAACACGGAGUACCUACAGGGUCAAGGCUUUAUUCGCACCAUACUUUAGCCAGUGUUAGAAAAUUAAGCUUCUUUCAGCCUUUUUUUUUACCAGAAGACAGUUUGGAUAUAGUAUUAGCUGCAGUUUAUAACCAUUCGACCGAAAGAUUCGCGGACAAAGAAGACUUGUAUUUACAACCAGAGACUAUCGGGUGCGAUACAUGGCGUCGACUUAGGAAUACCUAUGACAAACUUCCACCGGUUGUGAUACCAUUGGGUCAUCCAAUGAAACGUGGUGGUAUAAAAGAAAAACGAUCACCAUUCAGCGUGAAGCUUAUGAAUUCUGGAGUACAUUCGUCUCAAACUAAUCCUGGUUACAGCAGACAGGCGGCUGGUGGUGCUAUAUUCUUCUAUUAAUAUGUGGUUUAUUGAACAAUUUUCUUAACGAUACACUGAGGACAAAAGACAAUGUGAGACGUAAGAUGUAUGUUGUUUAUUGGUUUUUAAAUAU